GUUCAUGACUCGUGGUGACAUUAGAACGAUUUGAGAAACUUUAAAAGUGACAAAAUUGUAACACACAAGCCAUUGAGCUAGUUAAUUCCAAUUCAUAUUGCAUCUAAAGAGAUUGAGAAGUUCAGAUUAAAAAGAAGAAGAAGAAGAAGAAUAAGAAGAAAUGGCAGAUAAAAGAGAGAAUAGAGGAGUGCAAAUGGACAAGAAGGAAGAAGGAAAACUUGAAGGUUUACCAGUGGGAACCAGUCCCUACACUCAGUAUAAGGACUUGGAAGAUUACAAGCAACAAGGUUAUGGAGCUCAGGGUCACCUUCAACCACAACUUGGGCGUGGCGCAGUUAGCUCUGUCGAUGCCCCCACCGAAGUCGAUACCAGAGCCACUCCGGCAGCUCAGAUUUCGUCCACAAAUGCCAACAAUAAACAAGGCGUUCCUUAAGUAGUGCCUUUAAUUAGUUUUUUUUUUCUUUUUUCUUUUAAAGAAAUGUGAAACUACAUAUUCCUUUGCAUGGCUUGUACGUUCAAUAUUUAUGAGCUGAUUUGAUUCAUGUGAUGUGAUUUUUCUUUUUCUUCUUUUUUUAUAACA